UCUGCCACGGCAGGCGUAGUUCCGGUUAGGCGGCAGAGUUUGUUUACGUUGCUCUCAGAUCUAGCGGCUGCCUUCCCCAGCUCAGGCUCCAAAAUGGGAAAAUCCUUCGCCAAUUUCAUGUGCAAGAAGGACUUUCAUCCUGCCUCCAAAUCCAACAUCAAAAAAGUAUGGAUGGCAGAACAGAAAAUAUCAUAUGAUAAGAAGAAACAAGAAGAAUUAAUGCAACAAUAUCUUAAAGAACAAGAAUCAUAUGAUAAUAGAUUGCUUAUGGGAGAUGAACGUGUAAAGAAUGGCCUUAAUUUCAUGUAUGAGGCUCCACCAGGGGCUAAAAAAGAAAACAAAGAGAAAGAAGAAACAGAAGGAGAGACCGAAUACAAAUUUGAAUGGCAAAAAGGGGCCCCACGAGAAAAAUAUGCCAAAGAUGACAUGAACAUCAGAGAUCAGCCCUUUGGUAUUCAGGUUCGAAAUGUGAGGUGCAUUAAAUGUCACAAAUGGGGUCAUGUCAAUACAGAUCGAGAAUGUCCUUUGUUUGGUCUUUCUGGAAUUAAUGCAAGUUCAGUUCCCACUGAUGGCUCAGGACCAUCGAUGCACCCCUCAGAGCUAAUAGCGGAGAUGAGAAACAGUGGGUUUGCACUGAAACGAAACGUACUGGGGAGAAACUUGACCGCAAAUGAUCCAUCACAGGAAUAUGUUGCAAGUGAGGGUGAAGAAGAUCCAGAAGUCGAAUUUUUAAAGUCACUAACAACCAAACAAAAACAGAAACUUCUCAGGAAAUUGGAUCGACUUGAGAAGAAAAAAAAGAAAAGGAGAAAAGAUAGAAAAAAGAAAAAGCUUCAGAAGAGCAGAAGUAAACACAAAAAACAUAAAAACAAAUCCUCCUCCUCUUCGUCUUCCUCCUCUGGUGACACUUCAGAAAGCAGCAGUGAGAGUGACAACAAAGAAAAAAAAAUACAGAAGAAGAAAAGAAAGAAAAACAAGCCUUCAGGGAAUUACAACAGUGGUUCUGAAGAGACGGACAAGUCUAAGAAGAGAAAACUUGAUGAAGAACGUUGUAGCAGUCACAGUAACAAGGAAAAGCCUAGGUUUUUAAAACAAGAGAGUUCUGGGGAGAAGAGCAAAUGGAGACAUUCUGAUUCUGACAGAAAGCCCAGAAACCAUAACCAGAGUCCAGAGGAGAGUGGAUCUGGAAGAAAUGAGAGGAGCAGCAGGAGCCAGAGCAGGGACGAGAGGAGUAGGAGAAGCCGAAGCAGAAGUCAUGGUGGUUACAAGCCAAGAGAAAUGAGAAAACGGCCACGGCGAAGUCCCAGUGAAGAGCGGGACAGGAGAAACGACACCAGAAGCCAUGGCACAGAUAGAUACAGAGGAGGGAAAAUGCACGGAGCAUUAUCAGGAGAUAGGCAUACUAGAGUGAUGCAAAGAGAAUGGAGAAGUAGAGAAUAAAGAGAGACUUGUAUGUGACUUGUACCUGGAAAUAAAAAUAUCUCCACUUUCUUCUUGAAUACCUUUAGCAAGGGCUAAAUUAUGUACUAUUGUCUUUCUAAUAAAAAAGCUCUAUUUUAAUUUUUCAUCUCUGUAAACUGUUAUAUCAAGUACAAAACUACAUGAAUCCCAUAAGAAUGAACUUGGCAAAUAUUUGUAAGUGAUCUGUUUUGGGGCUGUAAAAAUAUUUUCUGUUCUUUAAUGUUUCCUGUGCCCUAUACUAAAACAAAAACCCCAUGUAACCAUGUGACAUUUUCUUUGUUCUGAAACAUCAUUAAAAGAAUGAC